AUGACUUCCAACGGCAUCCAUCAGAGUGGUAUAUCCAGCCCUGACGACCCCGCUUUUUCCGCUUUGAGUGAGAAGUAUUCGUCAUCAGCUGCUGGUGAUGACAUCUCCGCGGUCGAGCGCAACUCUCAGGAUGAUGAUGAAGAAUUCGUGUCUGGUAGACGUUUCAUUAAUACCGACGAUCCUUUCCCCAUCGAUCCCAACUCUCCCGUGGAAGAGAGACAGCUGACCGUCAGGGCUCUGCUUGUCGGCUGCCUACUCGGGGCAGUUAUCUCCGCAAGUAAUGUUUAUUUAGGUUUGAAGACAGGGUGGACUUUCGGAGCAUCGCUAUUUGGAUCAAUAUUUGGUUUUGCUAUCCUAAAACCCUUUUCUACCGCAGCACCGCGCUGGCUUGGAGGCGGCUAUUUUGGUCCCAAGGAAAAUAACGUGUGUCAAUCUGCAGCGUCUGCUGCUGGUAGUCUUGGAUUGCUUUUUACCUCUGGCUUUCCUGCUGCGUACCAGCUCGGUCUCCUCGGUGCAAGCCCCCGAGAUGAUAUCGGUCGGCUAUUCACGUUUACUAUUUGCUGCGCUUUCUUUGGGCUUGCAUUUUCCAUCCCGCUCCGGAAGUUCUAUAUUUUGAAGCUAAAGCUCGUGUUUCCUUCUGGUGUUGCCGCAGCGUACACGAUUCGCUCGCUUCACGUGGGCAAAAACGCUGCGACAGACGCCAAGAAAAAGACCAAGGCAUUGCUGAUCUCUUUUUGUUUUGCGAUUACUUUGCGUGUCGUCAGCGAAUACGCUCCCGGGCUUCUUUGGGACUGGCAUAUCUUUUAUGCGCUGAAUCGAGUAGGAUGGAAAUAUAUCAUUGCUGCAGAGAGUUGGGGAUGGAUUUGGGAAUGGACGCCGGCAUUCAUCGGCGCAGGGAUGCUCACAGGAAUCAACUCAUCAUACAGUUUCUUGGGCGGUAGUUUCCUUGCGUGGGCUAUCAUUGGACCUGUUAUUGUUCACACGGGCAAGGCUUUCGGUAUCCCAGCAGCUACAUCCAUCCCUGGGCAGAUGAACUAUGCAUCCAUGUCUCUGACUGAUCCCAUUAAUCAUCCGUCGCCGCGAUACUGGCUGGUAUGGCCUGGUACACUCAUGUUACUCUGCACGAGUUUCACUGAGGUCGCCUGCAACUGGAAAUCUAUCUAUUCGGCCGUGAGCGGUGCGAUAGGUACACUCAAGGGACGUUUCAACGGAGAUUUAUACGAAAAGAAUAAUGCAGAAGAGAUCCUGGAUCCUGUACCACCUGAAGACCGCGUUCCACUAUGGCUCUGGGGCGGUGUGCUCGUCGCUAGCAUCGUGAUUACAUGUGCUGUCAUGGGUGUCCAGUAUGGCCAGAACAUGCUUGAACGUCAGAGUUUAGCUAUUGUCUUCGCAUUUAUGUUUAGCUUCAUUGGAUGCGAGAGUGCUGGACGCACAAACAUCAACCCUGUGACAUCUAUUGGUAAUGCUUCCCAGCUGGUUUUUGGUGGUAUUGGCAAAGGGCAAGGAUACUCAGUUCAGAGAGGCGAGCUCUUGAAUUCGUUAUCGGGAAUGCUUGCUUUAGGUGCUGCCGAGCAAGCCGCUGAUAUGAUUGGCGAUCUCAAAGCGACUCAUCUUCUCAGAGCCUCCCCCAAAGCUGUCUUCUGCGGUCAGCUGACUGGCGCCAUCGUGUCUAUCUUCAUGGCCGCUAGUGUCUACGUCGUUUUCUCGACUGCAUAUCCAUGCAUCAAUGAUCUCUCCUACACUACUUGCAGUUUCCCGACACCUGAUGUACAAUCUUGGAGGGCAGUUGGGGUUGCGGUUUCAUCAUCGACCCUUCCCAUCCCACCAUCAUCAGGGUAUACAGCAAUAGGAUUGGGUAUCGCGGCUGUGAUUUCGGUUAUCGCGAAGCAUACUGUUGUCCCGCCGAAAUAUCAUAAUUGGGUUCCGAACUUCAAUGCCAUCGGCAUCGGUUUCAUCAUGAAUGUAUGCACCUAUCCCAUGGCUAUGUUCUUCGGCUCGACGAUCGCUUUCUUCUGGCGUAGAAAGUUCUUCAACCACUAUGAGAUGUACUGCUUCGCUGUAGCUGCCGGGUUCAUUGCUGGGGAGGGCCUGGGUGGCAUCGUGAAUGCAGUGUUGACGAUUACGGGAGUUUCUGGUGCUGUACAUGGAACGACAAUUGGAUGUCCGGGGGGAAUAUAUUGCGGUUAA